UCAGACACCCGGGAUCCCAGAUGGGGGCGAUGGCUCCGCGCACGCUGCUCCUGCUGCUGGCGGCCGCCCUGGCCCCGACUCAGACCCGCGCGGGCCCACACUCGAUGCGGUAUUUCGAGACCGCCGUGUCCCGGCCCGGCCUCGAGGAGCCCCGGUACAUCUCUGUCGGCUAUGUGGACAACAAGGAGUUCGUGCGCUUCGACAGCGACGCGGAGAAUCCGAGAUAUGAGCCGCGGGCGCCGUGGAUGGAGCAGGAGGGGCCGGAGUAUUGGGAGCGGGAAACACAGAAAGCCAAGGGCCAAGAGCAGUGGUUCCGAGUGAGCCUGAGGAACCUGCUCGGCUACUACAACCAGAGCGCGGGCGGCUCUCACACACUCCAGCAGAUGUCUGGCUGUGACUUGGGGUCGGACUGGCGCCUCCUCCGCGGGUACCUGCAGUUCGCCUAUGAAGGCCGCGAUUACAUCGCCCUGAACGAAGACCUGAAAACGUGGACGGCGGCGGACAUGGCGGCGCAGAUCACCCGACGCAAGUGGGAGCAGAGUGGUGCUGCAGAGCAUUACAAGGCCUACCUGGAGGGCGAGUGCGUGGAGUGGCUCCACAGAUACCUGAAGAACGGGAACGCGACGCUGCUGCGCACAGAUUCCCCAAAGGCACAUGUGACCCAUCACCCCAGAUCUAAAGGUGAAGUCACCCUGAGGUGCUGGGCCCUGGGCUUCUACCCUGCUGACAUCACCCUGACCUGGCAGUUGAAUGGGGAGGAGCUGACCCAGGACAUGGAGCUUGUGGAGACCAGGCCUGCAGGGGAUGGAACCUUCCAGAAGUGGGCAUCUGUGGUGGUGCCUCUUGGGAAGGAGCAGAAUUACACAUGCCGUGUGUACCAUGAGGGGCUGCCUGAGCCCCUCACCCUGAGAUGGGAGCCUCCUCCGUCCACUGACUCUUACAUGGUGAUCGUUGCUGUUCUGGGUGUCCUUGGAGCUAUGGCCAUCAUUGGAGCUGUGGUGGCUUUUGUGAUGAAGAGAAGGAGAAACACAGGUGGAAAAGGAGGGGACUAUGCUCUGGCUCCAGGCUCCCAGAGCUCUGAAAUGUCUCUCCGAGAUUGUAAAGCGUGAAGACAGCUGCCUGGACUGUACUGAGUGACAGACGAUGUGUUCAGGUCUCUCCUGUGACAUCCAGAGCCCUCAGUUCUCUUUACACAACAUUGUCUGAUGUUCCCUGUGAGCUUGGGUUCAGUGUGAAGAACUGUGGAGCCCAGCCUGCCCUGCACACCAGGACCCUAUCCCUGCACUGCCCUGUGUUCCCUUCCAUAGCCAACCUUGCUGCUCCAGCCAAACACUGGGGGACAUCUGCAUCCUGUAAGCUCCAUGCUACCCUGAGCUGCAGCUCCUCACUUCCACACUGAGAAUAAUAAUUUGAAUGUGGGUGGCUGGAGAGAUGGCUCAGCGCUGACUGCUCUUCCAAAGGUCCUGAGUUCAAAUCCCAGCAACCACAUGGUGGCUCACAACCAUCUGUAAUGGGAUCUAACACCCUCUUCUGCAGUGUCUGAAGACAGCUACAGUGUACUUACAUAUAAUAAUAAAUAAGUCUUUAAAAAAUAAUUUGAAAGUGACCUUGAUUGUUAACAUCUUGAUCUAGGGCUGAUUUCUUGUUAAUUUCAUGGAUUGAGAAUGCUUAGAGGUUUUUUUGUUUGUUUGAUUGAUUUUUUUGAAGAAAUAAAUGGCAGAUGAAGGAACUUCCAG